AUGCACUCCCGCCCCUCCGUCCUCCCAGGUGCAUACUACUACUUCUUCUGGCUUAUCGAGCCCCUCCUCACAGUCGCCGGCGGUGUCUCUGCAAUUUACGACCCUGUUGCGUUUGCCAAAGACAGUUUGCCUCUGAAUAUUGAGAGGGCUAGUGCGUUGGUUGGGAAGAGUGUUAGGGGGCAGCUUGUGACUACGCAGCUUGGGUCUUGCUUCUUGCUUUUGGCGAUGAUUUCGUUCUCGCUCUUCUGGGUAAUCAAGAAGAACUUCAAGGACCAGCCUGCUGUUCAAGAAAAGCUUGUCAAGGCGUUGCUUAUCCCUCUUGCCAUCGCUGAUCUCGUCCACAUUGGUCUUACUCUCCUCGCCCUCCCCGUAUCACAUCUCCAGGACCCCUCCGCCUGGACUUAUGUUCUCAAAGGAAACGUCUGGAUCACCUCCGUCCUCUUCCUCGUCCGCUCUGCCUGGCUCCUCGGUAUUGCCCGCCCCACCGCCUCCUCCAUCAAAGACUUUGCCCUAUCACCCCACCAACAAGCCCGCCUUCCGCUCCCGAAGACCGUUUCUGAAUACGCCGUUGAGCAAGUCGUGGAGAUUGACAGCAAGCCGUCAGAGAGGGAAGCUAUUCCUAAGGCUGUGGAGACGCCUACUCCUGCUAAGAGGAGGACGCCCAGGUCGAAGAAGAUUGUUCAGGAUGAUUAG